AUGUCUGUCGAGACCAUCACCACCGUCUCCCCCACCACCAACGAGCCCAUCCUGACUCGCCAGGGGGCCUCCGCCGUCGACCUCGACCUGAUGCCCAAGGUCGCCACCGAGGCGUUUCGGCAGUUUCGCAAAACGACCCUCAAGGCCCGGCAAGACCUUGUCCGCAAGUUCCUCAAGGAGCUUGCCGCCCACGAGGCCGAGCUCGCGCACGAACUGACGGCUCAGAUGGGCCGUCCCAUUGCUUUCGCGGGCAAGGAAAUCGCCACGGCCAUCAAGCGGGCCGAGUACCUGCUCAGGAUCAGCGACCAGGCUCUGCAGGACACGGACGGGGAUGAGGAAAAGGGAUUCAAGCGCUUUAUUCGCAAAGUGCCCUUCGGGCCAGUCUUGGUCAUCUUUGCUUGGAACUAUCCCUACCUUAUUCUCGUCAACUCCCUCAUCCCGGCAAUCCUGGCCGGGAAUACUGUCAUCCUCAAGCCGUCGCCUCAGACGCCCACCAUCGUGGAGCACGUGGCCGAGUACUUUGCCAGAGCCGGCCUUCCGGAAGGCGUGCUCCAGUACUUUCACUGCGGCUCGCCGACCAUGAUGGAAUCGCUGGUGCGGGACCCCCGCAUCGCCCACGUCUGCUUCACCGGAUCCGUGGCGGGCGGUCUUGCCGUGCAAAAGGCUGCCUCGGAUCGCGUCGUCAACGUCGGCCUGGAGCUCGGCGGCAAGGACCCCGCCUACGUCCGGGCCGAUGUCGACAUUGCCUGGGCCGCGGAGGAGAUUGUCGACGGGGCCAUUUUCAACUCUGGCCAGAGCUGCUGCUCGCUCGAGAGGGUGUAUGUGGACCAGAGCAUCCACGAUGCCUUUGUCGAGGCCGUGCAGGACGUGCUCAAGGGCUACAGGCUGGGAGAUCCGUUCGACGAGGCCACGCACGUCGGCCCCGUCGUCUCCAAGCGCUCCAAGCAGACCAUCGAGUCGCACGUCCGGGAUGCCUUGGACAAGGGGGCCAAGGAUGCCACGCCGGCAAACGAGAGCUUCAGCAACCCGCCAGCCAGGGGCAACUUUGUGAAGCCGACCUUGCUGACCGGCGUGGACCACUCCAUGACGGUCAUGAGGGAAGAAACGUUCGGACCCGUCAUCCCGGUGAUGAAGGUCAAGGGCGACAGCGAAGCCGUCGAGCUCAUGAACGACGGCGAAUUCGGCCUCACGGCCAGCAUUUGGACCAAAGACACGGCCAGGGGUUAUGAGCUGGCGGAGGAGGUCGAGGCUGGGACUGUCUUUGUCAACCGCUGCGAUUACCCUAGCCCUGAUCUCGCCUGGACAGGGUUCAAAAACUCAGGCAAGGGUCAGACCCUGGGACGGUUCGGCUUUGAGCAAUUCGUCAAGUCCAAGAGCUUCCACAUCAAGGACUAUCCGAAAUAA